UUUUAUUUUUUUCCUUAAAAAGAUUAUUUUUAUUCUUCUUUCUUCUUCGUCUUCGUGUACCGCUCUCUCAAACUCGGGACUAGGGUUAAGGAUUUUAGGCGAAAAAAAACUUUCAGACCAUGGAUAUGUUGAAGAAGCGAAAGCUCGAUGAGAAUGGAAUCGCGAUGCUAAACGAAGGUGUCAUCGGCGCCGUUUCGUCUCGAUUGAUGCCACAUGACGCUAGGAAGAUUAUCGAGCGGUUCUCUACUGAUCAGCUUCUCGAUAUCUUACAAGAAGCUGUUGUACGGCAUCCAGAUAUCCUCGAGAUCGUUAGAUCAACCGCAGAUUCCGAUAUCUCUCAGAGGAAGCUAUUCAUCCGUGGUCUCGCGGCGGAGACGACGACGGAAGGUCUUCGUUCGCUUUUCUCCAAUUACGGAGAUCUCGAGGAAGCUAUCGUGAUUCUCGAUAAGGUUACUGCUAAAUCCAAAGGUUAUGGUUUCGUGACUUUUAAACAUGUUGAUGGAGCUCUGCUUGCUUUGAAAGAGCCGUCUAAGAAGAUUGAUGGGCGCGUUACGGUUACGCAGCUAGCGGCGGCUGGGAAUCAAGGUACGACGAACUCACAUGUUACGGAUAUAUCCAUGAGGAAGAUUUAUGUGGCGAAUGUUCCGUUUGAUAUGCCGGCGGAUAGGUUGUUGAAUCAGUUUUUGGCUUAUGGGGAUAUCGAGGAAGGUCCUUUGGGUUUUGACAAGAUUACUGGUAAAUCAAGGGGUUUUGCGUUGUUUGUUUAUAAGACUGCUGAAGGUGCUCAGGCUGCUCUUGCUGAACCUAUGAAGGUGGUUGAUGGUAAGAAUUUGCAGUGUAAGUUGGCUAUUGACGGUAAGAAAGGAAAGCCACCAGGUCAAGACGGUGGUGCUGGUGUUGGACAUGGUCACGGUCAUGGUCACGGUCACGGUGAGGGAAUGGGUAUGGUUCCUCCUUCUGGACCUUAUGGCGCAGCUACUGGUGGUCACGGUGGACCUGCUGGGUUGGGUACUUAUGGUGGGUAUUCAGGAGGAGGACCGCAUCACAUGAAUUCCACACCAUCAUCAGUGGGUGUUGCUGCUGCUGGUGGCUAUGGAGGUGCAUACGGUGGUCAUUACAGUGCUUACGGUGGUGCAGGAACUGGUGCUUAUGGCGGUCUUGGUGCAGGAUCAAUGGGUGUUUCCGGUGGUGCUUAUGGGCCUGGUUCUGGAAGUGGGGCGUAUAGAAUGCCACCCAGUUCGAUGUCUGGUGGUGGUUAUCCAGAGAGUGGGCACUAUGGACAUUCAUCAGCUUCAGCAUAUCCUGGACAGCAUCAGCCUGUUGGUUCCUCUCCGGUGCCAAGAGUUUCUCUUGGAGGAAUGUACCCCAAUGGUCCUCCAAAUUACUGAACGGUUUGUGACAGGGAGAAGAUGCUUUUUGUGCUUAAUGGUGAUUACCUGAUUGCAGCCUCUUUAAAAUCUCUGGAUUGAUGAAUGUAUUGCUGAUUUGAUCUCUCUCUCUCUCUCUCUCUCUCUGCACUUGAUCUGAAUGUGUCUUGGCGUAUGAAAUGCCUAGUUGCUCUAUGACUGAUUUAUAAUAGACUAGGAUAUCAUCCUGUAUUUUUUCUUUCAUAGACAUAGUCGGCAGAUUGAUUUUGUUUGUCAGAGUAGUGAGAGUUUUUAUAAUAAUAUUGGUGUAUUUUUUUUUACUUUGUAUUGGUUAAUUUUCUUUUACUCGUGUGAGUCUUUGCUACAACAUAGUGACUUUUCUGUGAUCUC